AUGUUUGAGGAACAACACGAGAGCCUCACUCCUUUUGUUGUUCUGCAGUGGAAGGAUUUAUGGAAGCUACUAGGGGAUCACAAGGGUGAGAUCAACAAGGCGAGGGCGAUGGCCAAGGUCGCCAACUCGGAUGAAGUACCAUUUUUAGAGUUAAAGAUCGAAGUAGAGACUCCGCCUCACAACAACUCAAAUAGCAAUGGUGACCGUGGUUGCCAAAUAGAGCCAAUCCCAAGUGGAAAUCUGCCCACAGGCUUUGAUCCAAGCACUUGCCUUGCCGCAUCGUCCUGUCCUAAGGAUUCAUUCGCUACUUUGAGAGUUGACAGAUUCGGUCGGUGCAAUUGGGCAAUUAAGGUUGCCGGUGGUAAUGAUGAUAAGCAGAGCUCAGAUUCGCGGAGCGUGGUUGAACUCACAAAUGGCUCAUCUGAAGAUGAUAAGAAGGAUGAAAAUAGGGAUGCUCCUGAGAAUAUCUCUGUACAGGUGGGUAAUCUUGCUCCAGAGGUGACUCAGCUUGAUCUUCACCGGCACUUCCACGCCACUCGGAAGCGGGUUCUAUUUAGGAGGCCCGUAUCCAGAGAGACAAAAGGCUUUGGCUUCGUGAGAUACAGUACUCAUGGUGAGGCCGCUUGGGCUAUAAAUCCAGAUGGGAAAUUAAUGCACGACCCUUCCUCUGUUCUCAGUCAAAUUUAG